CGCACGUAACCCUGGAGAAAAAUGGCCGCCAUGAUGUGCUCCUCCGCGAUGCUCGCGCGCACGACCGCUCCCCGCUCGUCCGUCAGGUCUCGCGCGGUCAAGUGCGCCGCGGCUAAGCCCGCUCGCCAGGCCCCGGUGAGGAAAUCUCACAACGAGUCGAUGAAGAAAGUCGCUCCGGUGCUCGGUGGCGUCGCCGCGCUUGGCCUCGCGCAAGUCCUCGCGCCCGCGCCCGCCGCUGCUUUGAGCAUUACCGAUCCGGUGUUCGGCGACAUCGAGGUGUGGCAGUUCAUCGUGCUCACCGCGGGCUAUUGGCUUGGCAUCGAGUACUAUCUCGACAAAAAGUACGACGACGAUAAGAAGGAUUCCGCGUCGAUCAUGCCCAAGGUGUCCGAGGCGAAGAAGUCCACGUUCGCCGAGGCUGCGGCGAAGCAGGAGGACGGUGGUUCCUCGGAGUAAACGGGGAGACGAGGAGUGGGUGGGGUUCGGUCGAUGCUGUGCGUAUUAGUCAGCCGCUUCGUCCGGAGAUAGCGUUUCGUGUAAAAUAUUGUUUUCACUGA